UCUGUGCGUCAAGCCUACAAUAAGAAGAAGCCCACGGCAGCCAACCCGUUGACCCAGCCCCCUCAAAACAACCACAGAAAGAAUAACAGAUAAUAUUGUGUUGAAUCUUCAGCUGAGAUGAGCGCUGCCGUGCCAAACCACCGGAGGACCAAACCUGGCGGCAUCAAGGCUGGGGCGAGGUCGAACGGCGUGGUCGGGCCGACCUCCCAGAUCCCCGGUUUGUCCCCGAGCGCCGACGACAGCGCCCCGGUGGAGCGGCACAGCGGCCGCCGCGUCGGCAUCUUCGAGACGGACUCAGACUACGUGAAGCUCGCCAAGCAGGGCGGACAGAAAGGUUUGUUGAGCCACGACGUCGAUGUCGAGGCCAAACCGAAGACACCCUACAAUCCGCCUGCGUGGUUCGGCGGCACCGAGAACAGCGGCAGCAAGGCGAUGUCUCCGGACGGCCAGCAGCGGGCGGCCCGGCAGCCGCUGGCCGCGCCGUUCGGCACCGAUAACUGUUCGUCCUGGGAAAGAGAGACCGAUAGUUUUUCCCAGGGCAAAGAGAAGAUGUCCCCAGACGGUGCUGCCAUGAGCCUGGAGGCUCUGACCAUAGCCGAGGCCAACAAAUACAAGAGAACGUCUUACGACAAGAAGGCUCCUCCGGUCAGCAUGUCCAAGCUGCUGAGUUUCGGCUACGUGGAGGACGAGAAGAAGUCACCCAACGACGACGAUGCCUCAAGCUGACUACAGACUGCCAGAUGUCAUUCAUGGCGUGACAUCGGAACAGACCAGCACCAUCGCGACGGAGGACGUGGACGACCUGGAGUGACUCGGACGGCUCCUCGCUGCGAGGGAGGGCGUCGCCGCUGUCGUCCAAACACCGGUCGCAAAAACCCACGAACACGCCAUCCCGCCCCCCCACCUCCCUCGGAUCCACUCGCGUUUAUCGUACAUCCACUGACUGUUAGUUUUUGUACUCAUGUUUAUGCAACGGUACUGUCUUCUCUAUUUAUUAUUUGCUUUCAUUUUGAAGGAAUCCACACGGGGUUUUAGUAGAUCUGUCCACGCUCGCAGUAUUAUACAUAUAUAUAUAUAUACAUAAAUAUUUGUUUUUUUGUAAUUGUCGUUCUCGAUUUGAAAGACAUGUUGUUUGCAGGGCAGGAAACUAAUAUUUCGGGUCCACAGGCCUCACAGGCGCAUCAGAUUUUUACUUUUUCUUUGCUAAUCUGACUCCAAACUCCAAAAGGACGCCUGCAUUCGUCUGGUGGCCGGUGUUAAUUUCCCACCCUGGUUGUAUGAAGAUCGAGGUAGUUGGUUUUUAAGGUGUUUGUGCUCAUGAAUUGUGAUGAUUACAGUGAUGUGAAAUGUUGUUGGUGUUCAUCAAGGGCUUCUGCGCUCUGAAGGGAUGUUGGCGGUGUGUGUAUGCGCCUCUGUGUGUGUGUGUGUGUGUGUGCAUCUCGGCUUUGGGGCUGAAUACGAUCAUUCAAUGCGACAGGAAGCCUAAAGCAGAGGCUGCAUGCCACGGCGCAUACCGACUGCCACAGUAGCUUGUUUGGAGAAAAGGGCCAAAACUCACUUUUAGCUCGUUGUGCAACAGAAGACAUUUUCUAGACUGAAUGUUUCCUGCUGUUUUUAGUGGAUUGCAUCAUCUGAAAUAGCCCGUUAUGUCCCUGUACUUGUUUGAAAAUGCUUCAAAAUGAAUCCUCUUUUCGAUUCCCUGCCUCCCCUGGUGAUGUCGUGAGCUUGCAACCCCAGCGCACGCAAGCGCUUGAAAGCGAGUGCGCACUUUGCAAAAUUAAACGAGAGUCUGGCAAAUUGCAAUACCUGUGGCACAGUCCUGUCGAUUAAGGAGGGGUGCAAAAGUGGGAUGUAUAAGCGCUGACGUUUGUUUCCUUUUUACCCCAAGGAAGUUUCGAUAAGUGACUUGAAAGUAUUCUGAUUCAGACUUGAUAAAAUGCUCCAAACAAAGAGCACUAAGGGCAUAAAUUCAAUACCAGAGCAAAUCGACUGAAACCAAAACGGGUUAUAAAUGGUGUAUAUUAAAUGUAAAAAAAAAAAUAAAUAAAAAGGCUGGAGGAUUGUAGAAAUGCAGAUCAGCCUGCAAAUCUGCUCUGCAUGAAAUCCGUCAAAUCAAAAAUCAAUGCUUGGAAGUUUGAGGACAUUGCGCGCCCAUUUCCCUCUAGGUGAAAUCCUUUAAAUUCUGUGUCGUGCCUGGAAGAAAGUAAACCAAGCAUCAAGCAAAUUACCCCUUUUUUUUUUUUUUUCCCCCAAAGUUCAGAUUAAGCCAUCCAAAGCAGUUCAAUUUAAUGUUGUCACACCAUGGUUUUCUCUUUCAUUUUAAGAACUUCAAACUCAUGCGACAACAGACAAGACAUUGUUGGAAAUUUUUAGGAAAAUGGUCACUGUUGCACACUAACAAGCUGAAAAUCAGUUUUUGGUGGACUUGCCCUUUAAGGAAAAGCAGACUUCUUUUUUUUUUUUUAGUUUUUAUUUUUUUAAAGUGGGUUCUGAAUAUGCCAACUAAGCAGUUUCUCCCUGCUCAUGCAGUGUUUUUGACUUUGUAGACAUCAGUAAGAAAAACGGUAGUGAUUUUCUGUCGGUGCACAGCCUGAUCGCACUCAGCGCCCCGGCACACCAAGUGCAGCGCCCUCUGCUGGAGGCUCAUCCACUGCAAAUGAAUUCUCACCUUUGGUCUCGUUAACCCCUUCAAAACGUGGUGAAACUACUCAAACCUGCGUGAAAAGAAAGCUGCUUCACUGAGCUCCUGAAAAGUCGACAUUUUGGAGAUAAGAGAUUUUCACAGGACAGCGACACUCCACCUAUUGCAAUGCAUGCUCUGAUAAUAGAAUGACAACCUCGUAUCUCAAAAUUUUCGUCUUUUCAGCUGCUGUGAAAACCAUACUCGUUCUUAGUGUGACCAUCGGACGAUUUUUACUUCAUCCAGUGUGGCCCAGGCCGGGUUUAGAAGCCAAAAUUAGAGGGAUUUUCACAGAAAAACAGUUUAAAGGUGCACUACGCAAAAUUGGAGAGGAUGAUCAAUUGAAACCAGGACCUUUUAGACGUUUUUUUUCUUAUUGAUUGUUCUCAUUGUUUUAUUUAUAUAUCUCAUUGUCAAUCCCUAAACUUUUACUUUUUAGCAUUGCUCAUUUUACCUCGUUGUUAAUUGGUAUAGCCAGAUAUUCUUCUCCCUUAAUGUGUAUUCUGAGGUUUUAAGUAAAUAAAAUGAUGAUGAUGCAACUUAAAAUAAGCACAUAAUUCAUGAGCGACCUUUUCGAGCCUCAGCAUUUUGCAUAAUGCACCUUUAAACGACAGCAUGGACAUCAUUUAGAUUAUUAAUUGCGAGUUUUUCAUUUGACACCGGCGAUAUCUUGGAUUUAUUCGGCAGCAUUCUGUGAUGUUGGGAUGGAAACGUUUCAUCAGUCAGCUGCAAUGAAAAAAUUAAGUUGUAAUAUUAUCAUCAAGAGCCGCAGACUUUCAUGUUUUAGCAGUGGGACCGUGCACAGAUCUCUGCAGCAACAGAAACACAUCAACACUUCAUUUAUCAUGCGGACUGUGCCGUGCAGCAUUUAAAGAUCCCACAGCUCAAACAGAUUAAGGAGAAAUUGUUCCAGGGCGGCUUUCGAGUGUAGUAUUACCACCGAAAUUUUCACUGCAACUUCAAUGCGCUGAUGAAAUGUUUUUUAACGAGAAAACACCUCAGAAAAUAAAGUAAAGAGCAGGAGUCAAGACCUUACUGCAGCCAUUUUAGACCUGGAUCCUGUUGCACCAUCACUUUCUCUCAUAUUAAUCGAUUCUGAUUUAAAUCUCAUCGGUUUCUUCACCACAGAGCUGCUUACUUCUUGCAAAAAACACUUGAUAAAGGUUGAUGGAAACUCCAAAAAUGAGCACCAAUCUCGUGCUGACUGAUUGCUGCUGUAGUUAGACAUAUUAAUAACAUAAAAAUGUAAAUGACAGCCAGCUAAAUUCUUUGACUUUCAUUUGCGAUGCCACCUUGGUUGGGGCUUUGUGUCCUUUUCGUUAGCCGGCUGCAGCUGAAAAAGAGCAAAAAUAACUAGUGGAACUUGUCAUGGAUCAAGUGAAAAUCAAAUAUGCACAAGUCUUAUUAUGGAUAGAGUGUCAGUAUGUUGAGAAAGACAUGCUUUAGGUGAUUUUGGGCUUAAUUGAGUUUGUUAAGGGAGCUGGACCCGGGCCGGCAGGCAAGGUGUAAGCAGCUGUAAAGUGAAGCGAUCAGUGAGUUUUGUAAUUUAAUAUGAUGGAAAAUGGUUGGAUAAAUGAGUCCAGGUCAGAGGUUUUCUAAGUUGAACUCUCUCCUGUGCUGAGGAGGUGGUGUUUGCACCUGUUUGUCAGCAAAAUAUCUCGAUUACACUUCCAAGGAAACUGGAUGACAGAUCGGCCUCGGGCCACAAGGGGAUAAUUGUUUUUUCUUUCCAUAAUUAAUAAAUUAACGAAGAGUGAGACUCCAAAUCCUAAGGGGAUUGCCGGGUCAAGAAAUUAAUUUGACUUAAAUCUGAGUGGCAGGAACGAUGUGUUUAGGUGCAGCAGCAGAGUGGAGGAUUUUACGCUUUCAGGCUCAUUCAAGUUCAUGUAUGACAGUAGAAUAAACUUAUUCAGCUCUUGUAUCACGUUGAAUUGACUUGAAUAUCAUUCCCAUUUGCAGUGGAUGGACUUUGCCUCAAGUGUGACCGCAGCGUUGAUGUGUGUGAACUUCUGUUUACAUUACACACUCUUAAAGAGGAUGUGUCAUUUUCAACACGUCUUUAUUUUAAUGGUACCACAUGUUGCCGUCAUGUUUUGUGUUUACAAAAAAAAUAAAUAAAAAAUAAAACAAAAAAGUGAUGUGCGCCCUGACCCAAACCUGAAUCUUGACCGUGUUGAAAGUGUCACGUCGUUUUUCGGAGUGCAGGGAAUGGCGAAUGUAUCACUUUGCUUUACCUUUAACCAAACCGGUCGGUCAGUGUUCACGUGUUUUCACUCGGAAGCUGCGUUCAUCAGUCUCUUCUCUCCUCCUGCGGGGAGUUUGUGCAAUUUGUGAACCAGACCCGAGAACGAAGGUUGCAUUUACCUGCUGCGUUUUGCAUCGUCCUCUCCAAAAAGUGUCCCCUCUUGCUUGCCGUAGACAAGCGGUGUUUGUACGAAUCGACCCCCCACAGUUGGGUUUCCAGACACAAAUUGGACAAAAGAGGCUGAGGAAUGUGGAUUGUUAAAGUCACUCGAUCCCUUUAGUGUUUGUAGUGAGGAGAUCCACCCAGCACCAGUGAACGUAAAGACCCUGUUUUUUCUUGAUGACUGCACUCACUCCAGUAAAUUAUCACUGAAAUAAAUAGGCAUGUGCAUGGA